UCAAUGUAGCAGGCUGUCUAACUGACGGUCAGUCCUCCAAAUGAUUAGAGACUCAAGAACCUAAAGCACACAAGAACCUAAAGCAGGAAUAAUGAAAGUAAAUUUGUAUUUAUUUUUUCGUGCAUUGACUGGCUUGUCACUAAUUGGACUCGUUUAUCUGGGCAUAACUUUCCACUGGAUCAAGCUUUUAUACAAACCACCCAAUGUGCUUGACUCAGAAGGCAACUUUCUUCCCAUGGCACCAUGGUCAGCCCCAAUUGUACGGGAAGGAUCUUUUGAUCCCAAACUGAUUGAUGAGAUUUAUAAGAAAAAAAACAUCACAAUAGCAACUACAGUCUUUGCUCUUGGAAAGUACACACAGUUUCUUAAAGAUUUCCUGGAGUCCGCAGAGCAAAAUUACUUUGUUGGAUUUCGUGUGCAUUAUUACGUGUUCACUGAUCUUCCGGAACAGGUUCCUACAGUGAAACUGGGUGGAGACCACCAUCUGACAGUGUUGAAAGUGGCUACUUCUAACAGAUGGCAGGAGAUCAGUUUGCGCAGGAUGGAAAGGAUGGAGAAACUGAUUGAGAAUCGAUUAUUGAAUGAAGCCGACUAUGUUUUCAGCCUUGAUGUGGAUUCAAAGUUCUACGGGCGAUGGGGGGUAGAGUCUUUGGGUAGUCUUGUAGGUGCCAUACAUCCAUGGUAUUAUAAAACACAUAAUGAAUGGUUCCCAUAUGAGCGCAGGCCAGAGUCUCAAGCGUACAUUCCUUAUUCUGAGGGUGAUUAUUAUUAUGGAGGAGCUGUGAUUGGUGGCUUAGUGAAAGAUGUAUAUCAGCUUGCUAAAACCUGCCGGGAGCAGCUGGACAUUGAUGCAGCUAACUCCAUUGAGGCGGCAUGGCAGGAGGAGUCUCAUUUGAACAAGUACUUCCUGUAUAACAAACCCAGUAAACUGCUUUCACCUGAGUAUCUAUGGGAUGACAGAAAAUCUAAAACACCAGAGAUAAAAAUCAUCCGUUUCUCUCAAGUUUAUAAAAACUACCACGAAAUUCGUCCAAACCCAUAGCAGCUGUUAAAGGGAUGGUUCAUCAGAAAAUCUAAAAUACCCCAUGAUUUACUCACCUUCUAACCAUCCUACAGUUCUUUCAGAUGAAUACAAUUGGAGAUAUGUCCUGGCUCUUCCGAGAUUUGUAAUGGCAGUGAAUGCUUGUUGAGAUUUUGAAGUCCAAUAAAGUGCAUCCUUCCAUCAUAGAAAGUACUCCACAUGGCUCCAGGGGGUAAAUGCCACAAAAGAAUGGUAUUCCAGCAUAUGAUGUAGGACAUAUCCAUAGAAUAAGUCUUACGUAUGCAAGUCUUACGAGAACCCAGUUUUGUUUACGGAAAAGGACCAUUUUCUUUACACAUCCUUGUUUUGUACCUCUAAUUCUAUCACAGUCAACAGCUGGUAUGCUCUUGAUAGCCACCAGAGUUCACUGUUCUGAACUAUUGUUUAUUUGCAUUAGAUUCCAACUCCCAUCACACUUUGACUGAAGUAUUAAGUCUCAUUGCCUCCAGGUGUGUGUGAUUUACCAUUUAGCUCACCUGUGUAUUGUUGAGAAAAAUAUUAAAUUUUCCUAUUACAAGUUUGCCUUUUUUAUAUGUAAUACCUUUGUAUUGAAAUUGUUUUAUUAGGAAAGUGGAAAUAAAAUAAAUAAAUAAA